AGCAGCAGCAGCAGCGUAUCGGAGGGACUAACUUGAGAGAGAAUAGCAACUUCUCUUCUCUUUUCUUUUCUUUUCUUUUCUUUUCCAUUUUCCUCCCUUUUCUCGGAGAAAAUAUUCACUUCACAUCACUAUCACUCACUGUUUUAUUUGAAUCUUAAAUAUAACAUAUUAUAAUUUGUAAAUAAAAUUUAUUUUCUUCAAUUCUUAUAUGUUUGUAAUUUAUUUUUUUCUUUUCAUUUGCAUACAUAUAUAUAUAUAUGUAUGUAUCAUUUAUGCCCCUCACUCUCCUUCCCCUUCUCUCUCUCUCUCUCUAUUCUCUCUCCAACUUUUCUCCGCUUUCUAUCUGUGUUGUGUUGUUGCUCUGCUUUUGCUUUGUUCUUUGGUUCUCUUCCUUUUAAAGUCCUGCUUGUCCUUAUUCCUCCCCCCCCCCCCCCCCCCCCUCUCUUUCUCUCUCUCUCUCUCUGGGAAGCUCUUGAAGUUUCAACAAUGGCAGACAUAAGCCACCCUCCCAUGGAACAGCUUCAAGACCUCGAAUACUGCAUAGAUUCUAAUCCUCCAUGGACUGAAACCAUUCUGUUAGCAUUUCAGAAUUACAUUUUGAUGCUGGGAACGAGUGUAAUGAUCCCUACACUUCUCGUCCCAUUAAUGGGUGGAACCGAUGGUGACAAGGCACGGGUGAUACAGACUCUGCUAUUUGUAGCUGGCAUUAACACACUUCUCCAAGCACUUUUCGGAACCAGGUUGCCAGCUGUUGUAGGAGGUUCCUAUGCUUACGUGGUUCCUAUACUUUACAUCAUAAAUGAUUCAUCCCUGCAAGAAAUUAAUGAACCUCAUGUUAGGUUCAUACAGACAAUGCGAGCUAUCCAAGGAGCUUUAAUUGUAGCAGCAAGCAUACAAAUCAUCCUAGGUUACAGCCAAGUUUGGGGUCUCUUUUCACGAUUUUUCAGUCCCCUAGGUAUGGCACCUGUGGUUGGAUUGGUUGGUUUUGGGCUUUUUCAACGUGGAUUUCCUGCGGUUGGUAAUUGUGUAGAGAUCGGAAUACCAAUGCUAUUGUUGGUUAUUGGAUUGUCACAAUAUCUGAAGCAUGUGAGACCACUGAGGGAUUUGCCUAUUUUUGAGCGGUUUCCUGUAUUGAUCUGUGUAACAAUCGUCUGGAUCUAUGCACUUCUGCUGACUGCCGGCGGAGCCUACCGCGGCAAACCUCAUAUUACUCAAGUCAGUUGCCGUACGGACAAAGCAAAUCUCAUAUCAACUGCCCCAUGGUUUAAGUUUCCAUACCCGCUGCAGUGGGGCCCACCUACUUUUGCAGCUGGGCAUUCCUUCGCCAUGAUGUCUGCAGUUCUCGUAUCCAUAGUUGAGUCCACUGGUGCGUACAAGGCAGCAUCUAGGCUAGCUAUAGCUACUCCACCCCCUGCCUAUGUAUUGAGCAGAGGCAUUGGAUGGCAGGGGAUUGGAAUUUUGCUUGAUGGUCUAUUCGGAACAGGCACUGGGUCUACUGUAUCAGUGGAGAACGUGGGACUACUUGGACUCACCCGGGUUGGAAGUCGCAGAGUUGUUCAAAUUUCUGCUGGCUUCAUGAUAUUCUUCUCCAUCUUAGGAAAAUUCGGAGCUGUUUUUGCCUCUAUACCUUUCCCCAUCUAUGCUGCUUUGUACUGUGUUCUCUUUGGUCUCGUGGGGUCAGUCGGCCUCUCGUUUCUCCAGUUCACUAACAUGAAUUCUAUGAGAAAUCUCACCAUAACCGGACUCUCGCUCUUCCUUGGGAUAUCUGUACCUCAAUUUUUCUACGAAUACCAGAGUAUCCAUAGAGGUCUUGUUCGAACCAAUGCAGGAUGGUUCAACGCAUUCAUGAACACUGUACUGGCUUCUCCACCAACGGUAGGGUUGAUAGUCGCAGUGUUCCUCGACAACACGAUAGAGGUAGAGAAGUCGAAGAAGGACAGGGGGAUGCCAUGGUGGGUGAAGUUCAGAACCUUCAGAGGAGACAACAGGAAUGAAGAGUUCUACACACUACCAUUCAAUCUCAACAGGUUCUUUCCACCAACAUGACAAAGUAGGUUUUCCAGCAAGAGAGCUGUUGCCCCUGGAGAUUAGCCUCCGGGUUUUCAGCACGAGCUGGCUGAUGUUAAUCCCUUUUUUGCAUCUAUCUCCAUUUUUUGUGGGCCUUUUGUGUAGCACGGUCCCAGAUAGGGUUGCUAGAGCUUCUUCUGUCCAUGUUACUUAGGUUCUCAAAUCUCAACUCUCAGUAACAUUAAUAAGAAUUUUGGUUGGCUUUUGGCCCAGCAACAACGCCUUGUCAUUUGAAAAGAUGUAACAAUAUUCGGGCCUGUUUGGCUAAGCUACUCCGGCCUGAUUGGCUAAGCAAUUUGGUCGCUUAU